ACCGCGGGUCAGGGGCAGUAACAUGGCUGCGCCCGUGCGCAGGCCCGGGGCACGGCUACAGUGCGGGGUUUAGUCCCGUCCCGCGGUGCGAGGAGCCGGUCUGUGUUGCGCCGUGUCACCACUGGCUAUCACCACCCCUGCAUGGAGCCGCGGGAGUCCUGGGCGGCCUUGGCGGCUGGUGGAGUUGCUGGUGUCUGUGUCGACUUGAUCCUUUUUCCCCUGGAUACUGUAAAAACAAGACUGCAGAGUCCUCAAGGAUUUAGGAAGGCUGGUGGCUUUCGUGGCAUCUAUGCUGGUGUUCCUUCCACUGCUAUAGGAUCCUUUCCAAAUGCUGCUGCAUUUUUUAUCACCUAUGAGAAUGUGAAAUCUGUGCUGCACCAUGGCUCUGCAUCUUACUUGACUCCAGCAACACACAUGGUGGCUGCCUCCCUUGGGGAAGUGGUUGCGUGCCUCAUACGGGUUCCAUCUGAGGUUGUCAAGCAAAGGGCCCAGGUCUCUCCUUCCUCGAGUACCCUCCGGAUUCUCUCCCACACCUUGUAUCAUGAGGGUAUUCAAGGACUUUAUCGGGGUUAUAAAAGCACAGUAUUAAGAGAGAUUCCUUUCUCUCUGGUACAAUUUCCCCUCUGGGAGUCCUUGAAGGAUCUCUGGUCAUGGAAGCAGGGUCACGUGGUGGAUUCUUGGCAGUCAGCAGUCUGUGGAGCUUUUGCAGGUGGAUUUGCAGCUGCAGUCACCACGCCUCUCGAUGUAGCAAAGACGAGAAUUAUGUUGGCAAAGGCUGGUUCCAGCAACGCUAGCGGGAAUGUUCUGGCUGCCCUUGGUGGCAUCUGGAGGACACAAGGCCUGUCGGGCUUGUUCGCAGGUGUCGUCCCACGGAUGGCGGCCAUCAGCCUGGGAGGCUUCAUCUUCCUGGGGACAUACGAGAAGACUCGCCAGCUGCUGCUCUGACCCAGCCCGGCCGGUGCUGCCGGUGGCCACCAAAGAGCUGGAGAAGCCGCCGAGUUGGAGGAGGAGUCCGCCCGCCUUCCUCCUGCCGCCCCGCGCCUGCCGCAGCAGCUGUUCAGCAGGCUGAGCGCCGCUUUCACUCUUAAAAGAGAAGUAAAUCCCCCAAUAAUCCAAUUUCCCAAACAUGAAAUUUUCCUGCAUGGAAAGUGAGUGAGGUCAUUGCGAGAGUUGUGCCAAAAAAGUAAUGUUUGGGGGGUAAACAGCUAAUUACAGUGGCUGAGAAAGGCGCUAUUAGAACUCCUGCAGGGGAAAUGUUUUGCAAACCUCCAGCUCGUGGACUGGGCGGGGAGGCUGAAAUAAAGCGAGUUUUCAU